CCCAGCUCCUCCCCCGCGUCCUGACCAACCAAACCCUCAUCCUCCUCCCAACAAUGCUCCUCACCCAAUCCACCUCCCUCUGCUUCACGCCCGACCCACCCCACCUCUCCCCCACGCGCUUCCUCCUCUCCCUCCCCGCAAUGGCAACCGGCCACGACAUCGUCCAGUACCUCACCCACCGCUACCUGCUACACAGUCCGCGCAUUCCGCUCAUCCGCGCCCUCAAGCACGCCAUCCACCACUCCACAGCCGCCAGCCGCGGCCUCAGCGCCUGCUACAUGUCCGGACCGGACUUCUUCCUCGAGAUCGUCCUGCCUUACCUAGUACCCCUGGCAGCUAUCGGCGGCGGGGGCGCAGACCCGUACUUUCACUACCUGGUGGCUGCGCUGGGCGCCAUCGGCGGUGUCUACGAGCACUCGGGGUAUGACUUCGCCUUGCUGAUUUCGUCCCCCGCUCAUCCUCAUCCUACGCCAUCUUCUAGAUCAUCAACGAAAACAUCACCGCCCGAAGAGGAAGAGAAACACAGCAUCUGGUCCACGCUAGCAGACACCCUCCUUAACAACCGCGCGCAUGGCGAGCACCACUCGCGCACGAACGUGUCUUUCUCAGAUGGAUUCGGCAGUCCGGGCGUGUGUGACUCGCUGUUUGGCACGCGGUGGGAUUUGGUGCCGAGGCGGUGGGGGAGGGACGGGGGUGUGGAGUGGGCGUUGGCGGAGAAGGAAUGGAGGGUUCAGAGGGAGAGGCUGGUUGAGGGUGGGUAGAUACCUAGUAUUAUUGCAUGGGUUGGGU